GUGCAGAUCUAGAGAAACAAAAGCAUUUUAGCAUUCAAACAGUUGACAUUUAAUUUGCAUAUUCCUUAAUGCUUGAAUAUUCCCCUUAUUUUUUUUGGAAAGUCUCAACUCAAAUUACGGUUUCAGUGUCUAUAGCCAAGAGAACAGUGUUUUUAUUUCUAGUAAGGUGUGAAAAUUAGAUCAGAGAAGCAAACAUGGGUUCCUUCUCAACUUUUGUUUUUCUUUUUUUCGGCUUGGUUUUGAAUGGAGCAGUUUUCUGUAAUGGAGGCAAGACUAGCAGCUAUGUGAGGAAGGUGGAGAAAAGUGUGGAUAUGCCUCUGGACAGCGAUACCUUUAAAGUCCCCCAUGGAUACAAUGCACCUCAACAGGUUCAUAUAACACAAGGAGAUCAUGUGGGCAAAGGUGUGAUUGUGUCAUGGGUGACUCCGAAUGAACCAGGUUCCAACAAAGUAAUUUACUGGAGGGAGAACAGCAAACACAAGAAAAAGGCAAGGGGCAAAGUCUAUACCUAUACGUACUACAAUUACACCUCUGCUUAUAUUCACCAUUGCACCAUCAAACAUUUAGAGUUUAACACCAAAUAUUACUAUAAGGUUGGGUUUGGAUAUACUGUGCGGAAAUUCUGGUUUGUAACUCCUCCUGCAGUUGGCCCUGAUGUUCCAUACACCUUUGGCCUCAUUGGUGAUCUAGGCCAAACUUUUGACUCAAACGUGACACUAACUCAUUAUGAGCUAAACCCACAGAAAGGUCAAACAUUAUUGUAUCUUGGGGACCUCUCUUAUGCAGAUAAUUAUCCUAACCACGACAACGUUAGGUGGGAUACAUGGGGAAGGUUCAUUGAGAGAAGUGCUGCUUAUCAACCAUGGAUAUGGACUGCAGGGAAUCAUGAAAUUGACUUUGCCCCAGAAAUUGGCGAAACAAAACCUUUUAAGCCUUUUACUCACCGCUAUCAUGUUCCUUACCGAGCAUCUAACAGUACUGCUCCCUUCUGGUACUCAAUAAAGAGGGCUUCUGCAUACAUUAUAGUCUUAUCUUCAUACUCCGCCUACGGUAAGUACACUCCUCAGUACCGUUGGCUUCAAGAAGAGCUACCCAAAGUUAACAGAACUGAGACACCAUGGUUAAUUGUUCUUGCGCAUUCACCAUGGUAUAAUAGCUACAACUACCAUUAUAUGGAAGGAGAAACCAUGAGGGUAAUGUAUGAAUCAUGGUUUGUUCAGUACAAGGUUGAUGUUGUAUUUGCUGGUCAUGUCCAUGCCUACGAGCGAUCUGAACGCGUGUCCAAUAUUGCAUACAACAUUACAAACGGCCUCUCCACUCCAGUAAAGGAUCAGUCUGCUCCAGUAUACAUAACCGUAGGUGAUGGGGGGAAUAUUGAAGGCUUAGCAAACAACAUGACAGAGCCCCAGCCUGCUUACUCUGUCUACCGAGAAGCCAGUUUUGGCCACGCCAUGUUCUCUAUCAAGAACCGGACUCAUGCUUACUAUAGUUGGCACCGCAACCAUGAUGGAUAUGCUGUCGAAGCUGAUUCAAUGUGGUUCUUCAACAGAUUCUGGUAUCCUGCUGAUGAGUAUUUGUCUGCUCAUUAAUGAAAAAUUCCCAUUUUUCCUUCUCAAAUUCUAUGUUACCUCUUUUUAAUAAACACAAUCAGAAUUU